UUAAGCUGUAAUGUUGGUGUCUGUAAACGUUCACCAUCUCUUGUUUAUUCAGGACAUGUACCUGAAUGCUGGUGGAGAGACUGUCUCCUACUUUGAGUGGCUGAAGAACCUGAACCAUGUCAGCUACGGUAGUCUGACCUUCAAGUACGAGAGGGACUCCAACUACCACCUGCUCAUGUCCAUCCAGGAGAGUCUGGAGAGGAAGUUUGGGAAGCACGGAGGAGCCAUCCCUGUGGUCCCUACCUCUGAGUUCCAGGCCAGGAUCGCUGAAGCUUCAGAGAAGGACAUUGUGCACUCAGGACUGGCCUACACCAUGGAGAGGUCUGCCAGGGUAAGAGGCCGAUUGCUUAAACAUGAUUAUCUGGGCUAAACGGUUCCUCACAGGUCCAGGGACAGGGGUUUUAUUCAAAGGAAAUGCUGUGUUAAUCCAACACAAGGUCCUGAGGCAUCCCAUUACUCCUGUUCGGGGAAAUGAAGUCUUGAAAGUUGAAGUCAUGCUUCAACGGUCCAGUGACAAGCUCCAUUUCUGUUUUACACAUCUCAUUACCCAAACAGCACUAAGCUCAUAUUGCCUUUUCAUUGCUAUCUUGACACCAUUUUUUUUAUCUCAUUCAAGCUCAUAAAAUAAAUCGCUCUCGAACAUGGUACACACACACACACACACCCACCCACAUCCACACCCACAUCCUCUCUCACCGGUUUGCUGUGCGUGCGAGCAGUGGUAACUGGAGCAGCCAGGGCUUUGUUAGUCUCUCAUCAUUGCUAAGGCCCAGCACUGAUGCCAGAGAGAGCAGAGAUAGGAUGAAGAUUCAGACCGUUACCCUGCUCCCCUCUACCAUUAACACACUAUCUAUCCCACAAACACUGAUGACUUUAAUGUCACAUCUGACUGAGGAUCCAGCCUUUGUGGAAUUUCAGUAUCUGUUAUGGAUCUACAGACAGAUUUGAGUAAGUUAGUCAAUAUAAUAUAGAAUGUAGAGCAUAUCAGAAACACUUAAAGCCUUAAUUGCACCGGUCUCUCCUGUGGUGAAAUGGAGCAAAUGUUUACCUAAAUGGAGAAAGUUUUCUUACCUACACCAGAAUGUUCUUUCUAUUUAAAGUCUCCCACUAAGACUUCAGUGUGCUUAUAAAGCAGCGCACAACAUGUGCUUCUACACUAUUCAAGAUGAUAUCAUAAAAUACAUUUGUUACAAAUACAGACUUAUUAUAUGUUUGUAAGUAGGUUGGCACAACACUAAAACGCUGAAUUCCAGAAGAUUGUUCUGUUCACCGUUUCGGUGUCUUUGCCUUUGUUCUAAACCUGAACGCUUUGUCUUGCCUCAGAAUUUGACCCAUAUCAGAAUGGUUUCUGUGCUGAAGGCUACUGGAAGGGGAGAUGGGAGGGAAUAUGUGAGAACGGUUUUGGUUGCAUAAUCCCCGCUGUACCUAAUUCAACAGACUUUUGGAAUAAACAUUUUUAUUUACUUUUCAAAUAUAACACAUAACAUUUCACAAUGUACUGUAGUGACAGUAACAGAUUAUGAUGGUAAAAUAAUAUAUUCUUCAUAGGCUAUAACCAGAGGUCUGUCAGAUUGACUGACAAUGAGAGGAAGCGAAACCGCUUCAAAGUCUGACUCAGCCGAAGAGACUUU